AGUGCAAGGCGUCCAGACGGCCGGCUUUGAUUAAACUUGCGGCGUUGAAAUUUUGCGGCGCAGUAGUAUAUUUUUUGUAGAAGACCUCAGUUGUUUUUUUUAUCAUACUGUCUCUGUAGACUUUGGAGCUGUGUUUUUGUCAUUGUCAGCAAUGAGUCAAACUAGCGCUUGAUUUGCUAAAGUGGAACGAUGGUGUCCGAUUUUGCGGGUUUCAUGGAAACAAGCGUUGCGGUAAAGUGACCGUUAAGAUUGCAGGAAAUUCUUGUUUCAGCCUCGGUGGUGGUAAACACAUUUGAAAAGAUCAACAUUGAAUCGCGUCAUGUAUCGCUGAUAACACAGGUGGAUUUAUCUUAUCUGAGCCAGAGAAGUUUUCGUGUCGGCCUACAGGUGUGAUAAAGCAGUAACGUGAGUGAACUUCGUCGAGUAUGUUGCACUCGUUGGACACUUUGGCUGGAAAACUGUCUCCAGGCGGGUCCUGUGCCCAAGCGAGUCCCCAAACCAGUUUGCUGGAUUCGAACGCCAAUCGCGUCCAUCCCUAUUUGAAACAAACCGCCGCUGGAAGUAGCUCGACAAGUUCGCUAACAAUGAACAACAACAAUACCACGCAAACGAACAACAAUAACAAUAGCAGCAACAACAACAACAUCCUAGAAAGCCCACGGACCAGAAUUGAGGAGCAGGAACAGCCUGAUCCGGACACGAUAAAAAUGUUCGUGGGUCAAGUGCCCAGAUCGAUGGACGAAUCCGAUUUGAGGAGGAUGUUUGAGAAGUAUGGACGGGUACAUUCAAUCAAUGUGCUGCGAGACAAGGCGACUGGUGCGAGCAAAGGCUGUUGCUUUGUAACAUUCUUCACCCGCAAAGCCGCCCUGCUGGCUCAAGAUGCUUUGCACAAUGUGCACACUCUAAACGGGAUGCAUCACCCCAUACAAAUGAAGCCGGCCGACAGCGAGAACAGAAAUGAAAGAAAACUGUUUGUCGGCAUGCUGAGCAAGAAGUUCUGCGAGAACGAUGUGCGCGCGCUCUUCUCUGGUGUCGGUACUAUCGAGGAGUGCACCGUACUGAGGGACCCAGCAGGAAAUUCGCGAGGGUGCGCGUUCGUCACCUUCAGCAACAAACAGGCCGCCCUAUUGGCCAUCAAGAGCCUGCACCAGUCCCAAACGAUGGAGGGCUGCUCCGCCCCACUAGUAGUGAAGUUCGCGGACACUCAGAAGGAGAAAGAACUGAAGCGGCACCAGCAGAUGCAGGCGAGCGUAUGGAACGCUCUGGCUACCCCUACGCUCGCCUCCCCACCGCAGCAGUACAGCCCAGUUCUGCCUUCUGAGGCGACGUCGCUGCAGCUGCUGCAGGCGAUGGGCGGGUCCGCGCUGCUGCAACAGCAGUUCCUGUCGAAUUCGGAGAACCUGCUGGCCCCGAUCGGUGUGCAGAACUUAGUGACGCUGGCGGCGAUGACGCAACCAGCUACAGCAGCUACUGCGCCACUGUGCAUGGCCAAUUUGUUGGGCAAGGGUGCGGGAGUGGAACGGACACUUACAGCCGCUGGACUACAGGCGGGCCUACAAUCUGGAUUGGGGACCACAACUGAUCUGAGCAGCUACGGCUCGCUCAUCACCAAUGCCACCCUCAAUGCUGCAGCUGUUGCUGCAGCUGGCAAACAAAUCGAAGGUCCCGAAGGCUGCAACCUCUUCAUCUACCACCUGCCGCAGGAGUUUACCGAUACCGAUUUGGCAUCGACGUUCCUGCCGUUUGGUCCCGUGAUAUCAGCAAAGGUGUUCAUCGACAAACAGACGAAUUUGUCGAAAUGUUUCGGGUUCGUGUCCUUCGAUAAUGCGAACUCGGCCCAGCAAGCGAUCGCAGCGAUGAACGGGUUCCAAAUCGGCACCAAACGGCUGAAGGUGCAGCUAAAAAGGGCCAAGGAGGCGGCGAAACCCUAUUAACCAAAGAUAUAGUAGGUUUAAAUAAAUGUGGAUUGGAUAAUUGAGGCGGUUUGGGGCUGCAAUUGAGCCGCAAACGGCACUUUGUCCAUUUGUCUAAAAGCCAGUACAUCCCAAAAAAAACAUAAUUUUGUACGAUUUCCCUUGUACAAAAUAACACCGCGCCAGUGCAGUGUGCCCAACUCAGGAUUUAGCUGCUAUUUUUACGAACUGUGAAAUAUUUUUACUAGUUAACUGCGAUCCGCACACGAUCGCCCUGUACAUUGAUAAUAGAUGGUCAUGAAUUUGAAAAAUCGAUCAGAACCAGUAGGGUACUUUAUGGGGGGCGUAGCGUCGACUUUGUUGUUUGUGGUACCACCAAUGGUAAAUUUUUACAGUGACUUAACGAAAGUUUGAAGACUUUUCGGCACCAUAUUGGUUCUAUUUUUGGCUGUACCCACGUAGAACUACACUGAGGGCUUAGGAAGCGGCACUUAACCGGGUUCAGUAAGUUGCUCUAAGCCCUUCUUGUACAUCUACAAUCUAAAAACCUAAGACAAGGAUGUUCUGUAUUUAAAUGUUAUGCUGGGUUCCUGUUUUUUUCUUUUGGUUUUUGAUUAAGUUUUUUUGCAAUGAUGUUUGUUCGUGGCGUAAGCGCGUACGCAUCCUCUGUUGUUUAGGUUUUCUUUUACUCCUUAAUUGUUUUGGGUGAUUUUUUUUGUUUUAAUUCCAGUCUCUACAUUAGACUUAUUAUACCUUAUAUGAUACACACAUUGCGUAUGUACUUGAUUGAAUUGUACCUUUUAUUUUCUAUUGUUAUUAAACCAAAGUUAUUAGACCAA